AUGUCCGCCGGGGACAGGCGCUGCGGGGCGGGCUUCGUUUUCCGUUCCCUGCCCCAGAAAGCUUUCUCCUGCCUCGAGGACAGGGACAUCGGGGACCGACUUCUCAAAUGGUCCAUGCAAGGCAGGAUCACAGCACAAGCGUUCAGUUUUGACCAGCAGUUUAAGCCCUAUCAAAAGGAUGAAUUUGUUACGGCAUUUUUUAAUGAUCAAAAUGUGAACUCCAGUUUAAAGUUGCUCUCAGCUUCAGGACAAUGGACUACACUGGGUACCAAAGUGACAAAAAUUGAAGCUACAGUGGUGCCCUGUACACAGAUUUCCAUGUCAUUUUUUGAUCGGCUAUACUCUGAAGGAGUUGUUAGAGAAACUGGAGAUAUUGUGAAAUGUUACGAUGACUAUUACAAUGAUAUUCUCAUAUCUGAUGAAUUAAGGAAGGUCUUGCUUCUAGAAGAUUCAGACCAUUAUGACUUAUUCAGUCAAUUAGAUCGCAAGGAAUUUCUGUUCUGUCUUUUUAAGCAUCUUUGCAUUGGAGGAACUCUUUGCCAGUUUGAAGACGCAGUUGGCCCAUACUUAGAAACUACAAAAGCUUUAUAUAAAGACUUGGUGAGUGUCCAAAAGAAUCCUGAAACAAAAGAAAUACGUAUUAUUUCUACAGUCUUCAGAGUGUCUGCAUAUGAUGAUAAUGGCCUAUGUUACCCUUCAAGCAAAAGCCACGAGCAGACCUUUGCCUACUUGAUUGUGGAUCCCUGCAAGCGACACGUGCAUACUCUGUAUCACUGUUUUGGUGGAAACUUAUUCACUAACUAG